UCCCCGGACCCCGACGGUUCCCUUAUUAAAGGCCAUCUUCCCAACCAGACACAGCUAGUACUAGCACACUGCGUAGCAGGCAGCAAUGGUGGCUUCCUCUCCCCCAUAAAGCCACAGCCUGCGCUUCUUGGCGUGUUCUUGCCCCUUCCUCGUACGGACGCCAUGGACAUGCCGGGGGAGGACGAGUACGUCUACGGCUACGAGUACGAGUUCGACUUGGAGAACCCCUUCACGAGCCCCGCCGACGAGCCGAUCGCCAGCCUCCUCGACGCCGAGGCCCACCACGCGCCCUCCGUGUCCGCCGCCGCCUCCGCCGUCCGCCGCGACGCCGCCCGAUUCAUCUCCAAGGUGCGGUACGACGGGGAGCUCGCCGUGCACCCGCGGGUGGCCUACCUCGCGCUGAACUACGUGGAUCGCUUCCUCUCCAAGGGCCAAUUGCCGUUCGAGCGCAAGCCAUGGGCGCCGCGGCUGCUCGCCAUCAGCUGCCUCUCCAUCGCCGCCAAGAUGCAGCGCGUCGACGCAAUCUCCAUGGACUACAUCCAAAGGGACGAGGAGUUCAUGUUCGACGCGGCGACCAUCCGGCGCAUGGAGCGGGUGGUGCUGGGCGCGCUGGAGUGGCGCGCGCGCUCCGUGACGCCGCUCGCCUUCCUCGGCUUCUUCCUCUCGGCGUGCUUCCCUCCGCCGCGGCACCCGGCCCUGCUGGACGCCGUCAAGGAGCGCGCCGUCGACCUCCUCCUCCGUGCCCAGCCCGAGGUGAAGAUGGCGGAGUUCUCGCCGUCCGUGGUGGCCGCGUCGGCGCUGCUGGCCGCCGCCGGAGAGAUCGCCGUCGCCCACCUCCCCGCCUUCCAAGCCGCCGUGGCCGCUUGCCCCUUUGUAAAUAGCGAGAAGCUACGGGAGUGCGGCGAGGUGAUGGCGGCGGUCUGCGGUGUGGUCGGCGUCGGCGUCGGACCGGCGGCGAGCGCCGAGACGCCGGUGACGGUCCUCGGGCACGGCCACUACCGCAGCGCCAGCUCGGAGAGCGACCGGACCGUCGGAUCGGCAGCCAACGUCGCCGAUGCCAAGAAGCGAUGCAUGGGCCCACCUUCCCAGUCCCAGUGGGGGUAAGCGGCGUGCGGUGCGGCAGGACCCCAUGGGGCGCGACAGCUGGAAGAGCCGGGAAUUUACUCUUGCCCUGUUGUUCAUUUUUACCUUUUCCGAUUUAUUUUCCAUUUUAAUCUUCUCGACUCGAGGCGAAGUAGUAGGCAGCGAUGCAGAUUCGAGAGAACCGCUGGUGGUAGCUGUCAUUUACUAAUUGCUUUUUUUUUUGUUUCCCUUGGCUUUUCUUUUGUUCCCUGGAGUGAUUUUUGCGGCAGUCGUAGUAGUGGUAGCAGCAGAUGCUAGGCUGGUAUUUUCCCGUAAAAGAAAAAGAUGCUAGGCUGGUGGAUGAAUAUAUUGGGAUGUGGAGUAGUGGUAAACUACAAUGUUUCGGUGCUGCAAAAUAAGACCAAAAUCAUGUGCUCAUUACUGA